AUGCUUCUGCAGAGAAGCAUUUUAUCACAGGUUUGCAUUUUACUGGUAUUAUGCCUAGUAAAAGCGCAAUAUGACUAUGACAAAGAGGAGAAGAAAGAAGUAAAAGAAGAGGAGGAAGAUGAUCGUGAUUACGCAAAAAUUUUUGCUGAAGAAACGUCAGCUGCUCUCACUGCAGCAACAUCAGACGAGCCUGAAAGUCCCAAACAAGCCGACUUUGUAACUCCAACAGAGUUUGAAACUUUUUUCAAACCAGCUCAUAUUUUUGGUGAAUCAAAUGAUAAACCUGUAAAAUCCGCCCCUGAGAACAAGAAGAAGGAACACUUACAAUCCUAUGAAAGUAAAAGAGAGGAUUAUCCUUCCUAUCUGGAUGAUGGACCUUUGAAAGAUUUCUUUGAGGAGUCGGAGAGGAGACAACAAAAACUACAGAAGCAACAAUCCAACAAGGAUGAGGAAGUAAUCCCUCCAGGUCCUAGCUAUGUUUCUCAACAGGUACCUGCCAAAUACAGUAGUUAUGAAGAUGAUGAAGAAGACAAAUCAGCAAGUGCAUCUGAAGACGUAAAUAAUAAGCAGAAAAGCAGUGAUGAACCAGAUAUCGAAGAAGGAAUAGUAGAAAAGAACGAAGAAGACUACAAACUGCCGAUCCCAUUCGCUUUCACUUUUAAAUCGAAUAAACCUAAAGUGAACUAUGAUACUGGCAAAUCAAGUUCCACUGUGUCGCAGUACCCAACAGCUUCGGGAUAUGACAAACCAGCUGCGAGUUCUCAAGAAAGAACUAACAAAAAGCAAGAAAGUGCCCCUUAUGAUGAACAAGAAAGUUCUCCUUACGAAGAUAUAGUAAAUCCUUACGAAAAGGAAGGACCUAAUCCUUACGAGGAGCAGGCAAGUACUCCUUAUGGAGCCAAAAUAGCUACUCCUUAUGAGAAGCAAGAAAAAUCUAAUAAAAAGCAAGUAAAUACUCCUUAUGAUGAGCAAGAAAGUGUUCCUUACGAAGACAGAGUAAAUCCUUAUGAAAAGGAUGGACCCAAUCCUUACGAGGAGCUGGCAAGUACUCCUUAUGGAAAGCAAGUAAAUGCACCUUAUGAGAAGCAAGAAAAAACUGAUAAAAAACAAGAAAGUGCUCCUUACGACGAGCAGGCCAGUACUCCUUAUGGGAAGCAAGUAGAUAAUGAUUAUGAAAAGAAAAAAAGCUCUCCCUAUGAAAAGUACAGCUUCAAGCCAUCGGAAGAAUAUGCAGCUCAAAACUCGAAAUAUUAUGAUUCCAAAGUUAAACCUUAUAAUCCCACAUAUAAGAAAAACAGUGAACCAAAACAUGAGGGCCAGUCCUCUGAAAAUAGCUUCAAGCCAUCGGAAGAAUAUGCAGCUCAAAACUCGAAAUAUUAUGAUUCCAAAGUUAAACCUUAUAAUCCCACAUAUAAGAAAAGCAGUGAACCAAAACAUGAGGGCCAGUCCUCUGAAAAUACCCCCAGUCACUUACAGGGAAAAGGUUGCAGAAAAGUAGCAUCUAACAACAAAGACGACAUGAACUGUUUUAUAUGCGAAAAUCCAAAAACAAAUGCAAAAUACACCCAGUGUUCGUUCAGCACACAACAGAAACCAGUAGACUAUUAUGAAGGAAAUUCUGCUCAAUAUUCCAUGCAGAAUAAACCAGAGCCAAACUCAUACAGGUACAAACGAAGCGCUGAAAACGCGGAAAACGAUCCCUACACUUAUGUAAGGAACAGGGCGAGGAAAGACUCUCACGAUGGAGGGAUUCCAUCAGAUUAUAGUGCCGGCUUCCAAUAUGAACCGGAACAUUAUGAUGAAAGUAAACCUGAACUAACAUAUUCAGAACAACAUUCUGAGGAACUUAAGAAGAAUCCCGACAAUUGUAAGAAAGUUGACAAAGACGGUAUGACAUGUACUAUAUGCAAAGACCCCAAAUCAGGUGGCAAUUUUGAACAAUGUUCUUACGCUUCCAAACCAAAAGAAAAGAAAUUCGCUUAUGUAACGGAAAAGAAGUUUGAUAACGAUGAACCUGCGGAAUCCCAGAUUAUACCACAGAGCCAAGCAGCAGAAGCAAAUGCAAAAGAAAACGCAGAUGUAGCUUCCAAAAAAAAUGCUGAAUUCCUUGAACAGUUUCAAAGCCGUGUAAAUGAGGAGAAAGCUCCCAAGAAAGGUAACGAAGAAGGUCGUGAAGACCAUCAUGCCAAGUCGUCAGAAAAGAAAGAAAAAAAGAAUGAGGAGGGCUAUGAAUUCCCAAGCCAUUUCGUUAAAAAUGUAGGUUCACCCAAUUACGACCACUCUGCUGCUUACAAAGGCGCCAGUUCAGACAAUGUAGACACAAAGAAGAAAUCGGAUUAUUUCACAGACUUUGAUGAGUACCACUUCAAAUAUUUCCCCGAAUUUUCGAAACAGCAACAAGCCAAACAAGAAUCCAGGCAGCAACCCGUACGCGAUAAGUAUGAAGUCCCAGUUCCUGAAGCGACUAAACAGAACGUAGAAUCCGUCUUGGCUGAAUUCACCAAAAAAGACCGUUCAAACUGCAAGAAAGCAGAGAAGAAAGGCAUGACCUGUUACCUGUGUGUAGAUAAAAACAAUAUUCAGAACGAGGAAUGUAUGUACGUUCAAGAAUCUAAACCUGAAACCAAACACAUAGCUUAUCACGAAGCUAAAGCAACGGAAAAGGCGAAACCAGCCGAGCCCGAACAAAACGUAACGGAGGCACCCAAACAAGAAACCAAACUAGAACCAGUUGUUACGGAAACCAAAAAUAAAUACUUCUUUAAAAAUGUCCCCAAUCCCCCAGCUCCGCUAGGAUUAGAAGCAGCUGCUUCCGAACAAGUUAGUACGUUCGUCCGUUACGAUCCCGAUCGGGAGAAGAGAAGUGCAAAUAAAAAAGAAAAGAAGGUGAAGGAAGAUAAAGAACCUAAACCCGACGAAAGCGCUUAUGAAUCAGAAAGGAUAGACGAUAAGGCAGACCCAACUAUAAAGACUCCAGAAGAAUUCAACGUCGCCCCUGGAGAAGGAGCUUUUAGCGACGAGACUAAGGCCGUAUAUAGUAAAGAACUUGGAGUACAAUUACCUAAAUACAUGUUAGAAAAGUCAGAAUUCGAAAAAGAGUUUGAUGCCUUUUCCGGAGCAUUUUAA